CCUUGGUACUUGACCAGCGGGUUUAUCUUUUUUUGGGCUUUCCUGUUCCUUGCGGUUGUGGUGCCCCUCUUCUAUCGCCUUCCACCUGCAAAUACACUCGAGGACGUAUCCAAGGGGAUUUUCAUAGCCGAACGCGCACAGGCCAAUCUCUAUGACUUCGAUAAGAUCGGUGUUAAGUUGGUCGGCAGCGAUGCGAAUGAGAAUAAAACCGUUCAGUUCUUGAUGGGGGAACUGGCACUGAUUAAGGAAAACGUUCUGGAGGACUUCUUUGAAAUGGAAAUUGACCACCAAGUUGUUUCCGGCUCUUACGAGAAAUCCGGCGCACUGUACCAAUAUCAGGCGGUGCAGAACAUAGUCAUUAAACUGACACCCAAGGGAAGCACGAGCGAGGAUUACCUGCUGGUGAACACCCACUUUGACUCCAAACCCACUACUCCAGCAGCCGGGGAUGCAGGACAUAUGGUUGUAUCCGUCCUGGAGGUAUUACGAGUGAUCACGACCACCAGGGAAAAGUUUAGGAACACAAUCAUCUUUCUCCUCAACGGAGCCGAAGAGAAUUCGCUGCAGGCAUCGCACGGUUUCAUUACCCAACACAAAUGGGCACCAAACUGCAAAGUCCUAAUUAACCUGGAUGCAGCUGGCAGUGGAAGUAGGGAAAUCCUGUUCCAGACAGGACCCAAUAAUCCCUGGCUUGUCGAAUACUAUAAAAAGCAUGCCAAACAUCCGUUUGCUACCACAAUGGCUGAGGAAAUUUUCCAGACAGGUAUUAUACCAUCGGAUACUGAUUAUCGUAUUUUCGUCGCAUAUGGAAAUCUUGUCGGUCUGGAUCUUGGGCAGUGCGUCAAUGGCUAUGUUUAUCACACAAAGUAUGAUCGUUAUGAUGUUAUUCCACGAGCUUCUAUUCAAAACACGGGAGAUAAUCUUUUGGGACUAGUUCGAGCGCUGGCCAAUGCCCCAGAAUUGGCUGACACAUCAGUGACAGGAAAAACGGUCUUCUUCGAUGUACUGGGACUAUUCUUCGUCAGCUAUUCAGAGAGUAAUGGUAUAAUCCUCAACUACGCCGUGGCCGGAGUUGCCUUUCUCCUGAUCUAUGUAUCUCUGUGGCGCAUGGCGUUCAAAUCCAAUGUGACAUUCAAGAAGAUCCUCAUCUCGUUCCUCCUGAUCCUUAUAGUUCAGAUCAUUGCUUUGGUUCUGGGUCUAGCUCUGCCUUUAUCUAUUGCAUAUAUGUUUGAUAAAUACGGACUCAGCAUGACCUACUUCAGCACUCCGGCACUUUCUCUCGGCCUUUAUGUGUGCCCUAGUCUCUUUGGUCUGGCUCUUCCUAGUUUUGUCUAUCUAAGGAUACAAAAUAAUGAUAAAAUUUCAUAUGCCCAACAACUGCAAAUGACUCUCCAUGGACAUGCCAUUAUCCUGUCAGUUAUCACUGUGGGUCUUACUUAUUACGGACUGCGUACCACAUAUAUUAUUACGUGGACCCUAAUCUUCUACGCCAUUCCACUGACUCUAAAUUUGCUGACAUCGCUACAUGAUCGGGGUUUCUCGUGGAUUGGUUUUCUAAAAAUAAUUCAGGUUGUUCCAUUCCUGUACAAUAGCUACCUGUUCUACACAUUUGUUGUUAUUCUGACUCCUAUGAUGGGUCGAUUUGGACAAAACACAAAUCCCGACUUGAUUAUUUCUGCCUUGGUCGCUUUCGGUACCGUACUGUCAAUGGGAUUUUUGAUUUUGCUUGUUAAUUUGUCUCCUCGAUCCGGAUUCGUUCUUGUGUCUUUGAUAGUCUUGAGCGCUGCUACUGUUUAUAUAGCUAGCUCUACUCAGAUUGGUUUUCCAUAUCGGGCCAAGACAAACGUAGAGCGAGUUUACUAUACGCAUGUGCGCCGAAUCUUUUACGAGUACGGUGGAACCGUAAUCAAGGAUGACUCCGGAUAUCAGUUUAAUUUCCAGGAUCGACGUGGUAGUGCUCCCCUAAGGGAUGCCAAUGUGAAUUUGACCGGCUUGGUAAGUAUGGAAUCUGAUUGUGCGAAGUACAAACUUUGCGGGAUGUGGUUGCCCCGGAAAACGCCAGUAGAGACGGUUCCAGAGAAACCAAUAGAGCUCCUGAAUAGAACAGUGCUGAGUGACGGAAAGACGUUGCGAAUUGAACUAAAGAUCUCUUUUGCGGAUCACUCGAGUUUGCUAAUCCAACCUAACGAGGACGUCACUAUCACCAAGUGGUCGUUCCUUGAGAGCUUCUUAUCCACCACCCCGCCGUAUUAUGUCAUCUUCAGUUCCGGUGUGGACAAUUCUCCUGUGAUCUUCACUCUGGAACUCCAGAAACCCGGUAACGACUUCAGUGUCUCCGUCGUUCAAAUUGGAGUCACCAGGCAAUUUAUGAAUUCUAAAGGGGACCUAUCAUCUCAGGAAUUUGCUAAAACGUUCCCAGACUUUGCGGUGUUGAUUGAAUGGCCUGCCGACUAUCACCGCUAUAAAUUUUAA